AUGGCUCUGAUCGAAAUGGAAACCGUGUCGGCCAAGAAGAACAGGCUACCAGACGGUCUUAGCGAUAUGGCGGAGGCCGCCCUAUUAGAACAUAUAACGAGUCGCUCGGUCGAAUUAUACGCGGAUCAGCCCAAAGGACUCCAGGUGGAGGCAGUCUCCUCGUUGGUCAGGCGUGGGCACACAUUUGUACGUGCUGGCACGGGCUUUGGCAAAACAAGGAUUUCGGAGAUGUACUUCGGGCUAUUUGACAGGAAGGUUGUCGUGCUUGUUUUGGUGCCGUUGGAUUCUCUGGGUGAUGACCAGGUCCGCGAGAAGAAACUAGUCAAUAUAACAGCAAUCAAUCUAAAUAAAAUGACUUUGAACAGGGCGUCAAUCCGCGAGAUCAAGAAGGGGAAGUUUAGCUUUGUCUAUCUGGAGUUCCAAGCGAUUCUGGCGUUGAUUGUAUUAGACGAGGCCCACAUGGUCUACCUGUGGGGCCUGGUGGCAUCAAAACAUAGCAAAAGUCUGAUCAUCUUUGCUCGACUGGAAGACCAAGCAAUCUUUCGACCGGCUUACGGUCAUAUUGGGACUCGGCUCAUGGCUACAAAUGAUGUGCCACUUCUACUUCUCUCAGCGACGUGCCGGCCCGAGGCGGUUGACGCAAUUACCUCAAGCUUGAUGCUACAGCCCUCCGAGCUGUCCAUGAUAGAUGGGGAACUGACCCGUCCGGAAAUCCGAUUCGUUCGAAUCUACAUGGAGGCUACUCUGAGCUCGUGUGACGAUCUUCUGAGGGUCUUUGCGCCACAUACGACAACUCCGGCUGCAAUGGCCGUCCCAACAAUAAUAUACUCAGGUACCCGCAACAGGACUUUUCAGGUGAUGAAAGUUGUGAACGAGGCGCGGGAUACAAAGAUGCAUGAGUACGGCCCAAAGGAUGAGUUCAUACUUAGAUUUCAUGCGGUGACCGGCGACCAGGACAAAAAUCAGACUAUAAGCAAUUUUGGGGCUGCCUCGGUGCCGGUCAUAUCCGCUACGAUGGCUUUGGGCCUUGGCCAGAAUCUCAAGCGGGUGAGGUGUGUAAUUCACAUGGGCCGAGGUGACCCGCCGGCAAUUGUCCAGAUGGUCGGUCGGUGCGGUCGGGAUGGAAAUGUGGGUCUGGGGCUGUUGUUUAUGGAGCCAACGCGCAAGAAUGGGAAAAAUAAGAUUGAAGAUUUUGAAGAAGGGGUGCGUCAAGACGAUGACGCUCGGAUGGAUGCACUGGCCUUGACAAAGUGCUGUCUAAGGAUAGCCCUGGCUUUGGAUAACAAGAUUGGGUACAUACCACUGUCAGACAGUGACCCAGAGGUUAAGGCGGAAGCCGCACGGGAGAUUCAGCUUGGUUUUGCAAAAUGUAAAUGCUCGAAUUGCUUACCUGCGGAGGCCGAGGCGUUGAUGAAGGUAUUCCAGCAAGCAAACCAGGACAACUUUGAUUCCAUGCUGGAUGACCCGUACUCCGUAGUGAAGGAUCCGGGAUUGGUGACCAUGACUCGCAAGCGGAAAACGAUCACGACCAAAGCGACCUGCGGCUAUCCGGCGUCAGUUGCUCAGGACCUGGUUCAACAUCUAAUACACCACCAUGAGGCUUUCUAUGGUGCCCACUUGGGCCCCAAAGCGGAAUUCCCGGCUUCGGUUUUCUUUGGUGUUGAUCAAGCCAAGGCAAUUGUCGGCUCGAUUGAUCAGAUUCGGUCGGCCGAGGGGCAUAACACAGAACUCAUGGAGGCCCUCAUCGGCGGGCAGUGCUUCCCUGGGCAGAUCAACUCACUCGACCAGGCAAUCUCUGACUGGAUGAAUAGCGAAUUCUAUCACUUGCACCUCUCCCAAGUAGCCAGUCUGGACCAAUUCAUUGAGGCUGAAGGCAUCAGGGUGCGAGAGAAAAUGGCUGUCGAGCUUGAACACCUCCAGAAACAGGCCAUCGCCCGGCGGGCUACAGAGAAAGCCGCCAAGGAUGCAGCUAAGGCUUUGGCCAAGGCAGAGAUCGCAGCUCGGAAAGCAACCGAACGACUUGCGGCAGCACAUGAUAAGGCUCAAGAGAAACUACUCCUUGCGGCCGAGAAGGCCGCAGAGAAGGCCAGGCAUGCAGAUGAGAAGAAGGCGGCAAAGGCCCAAGCGGCUCGGGAUAAGGCCAACGGGCGAGCUGGCUUUAAUGGGCGGGCGGGCGCGGGAGCGGUUAAUGGGGGAUUGAUUUCUACUUCCAAUGGGGUCAACACAGAUAUCCCCGGGGGGGCAGGUCAUAUGGAUUCAAAUGAAAACAAGCGCGCAAGAGUUGUUGAGGAAAACAAGACCAAUGAAAUAGGAAAAAGGAAACAUUGGGCCGAUCGGCGGGCGGCGGCGGACGCUACUCGAGCAGCAGAUGCAUUGGCCAAAGCCGAAGGGAUUCGCCAGCAAAGAGAAGGGGUAAUGAUGAAGUCGAUGGGGGCCCAGGUUAAACGGGCUAGCCGAGGUUGGGCGCAUAUGGCAAAGGUUUUGCGGAAGAGUCAGGUCAAUGCUGAUAUAGAAGGGAUUAGGGCCAGCCUGGCAAUGGGGGAGAAUCAAGGCUCACCCAUGGGUCAGUUUUCCUCCGCUGGUUCUUUUUCUGCAUCUCCGUCUGUACCAGAGUCUUCAUCGCUGGGUAAUUGA